UAAUUAUGGGGAACGAUAUCCUUGGAGAAUAUUAAUUCGGUUCAGAAUGCCCACGGUAGGUCUUUGACUGGAGUUUGCCUAUGUGUUGUCAUUACGUCACAAAGACUGAUUGCCGUGUCAUACAUUUGCCAUAGCGCGAGUAUAAAAGGGUCUGGAAUUUGACAUCGAUUCAUAAUUGGAUUUGUGAUUGAGGUGACCACUACAGUGUAUAAAGAUGCUUUGCUGUCCUUGUAUUCCUCUGAGGAAGAGGAAGAAAGUCCAGGCAGAGCAAUGCUUGGAGAGGAGGCCUCGUCACUGGCUGAGGAGAUUAUUUAGAAGAAACAAGACUGGGGAUGCUGGUAUACCUGCGAUCCUGGAGCCAAGCCCUGUGUCAGGGGACGUCCCUCAGAUCUCCAGCACCCUAGCUACCCUUGAGUCCUCCACACUGGUCACCUCGGCCUCCCCAGAAACCCCAUCUCCCGGGGCACCCCAAGGAGAGGAGGUCCCCAGCCCGGACACCCCAAAAGGCUGUGACCCCCUGGACCAGUUAAUGGUCCAACUCGUGGGGGAGAGCCGGUCCCCAUCAAGGGGCCGUAAAAAGAGGGCCAGGUCAGCCCCCGUGGCCCUCCUCAUUGCCCCGGAGGCCCCAAAGAGUAGGGCCAGGACACCCCCUGUGGCCCUUCUCAUUGCCCCGGAGGCCCCAAAGAGUAGGGCCAGGACACCCCCUGUGGCCCUCCUCAUUGCCCCGGAGGCCCCAAAGAGUAGGGCCAGGACACCCCCUGUGACUCUCCUCAUUGCCCCGGAGGCCCCAGAGAGAAAGCCGCAUGUUCUCCCGGCCCAGCAGUUGAAGUGCAGGGGGCUGCCUAACCUCGGACAGACCUGCUAUAUCAACUCCACCCUGCAGUGUCUGUUCGCUCUGCAGCCCCUCUGCAUCCAGCUGCUCCUGCAGGAGGAGACAUGGAGGCAGGAGCCCUCAGCACUGCUUCUCAGCUCCUUUGUGGGUCUCUGGUGCCUGAGGAAAUCCACGGACAGGCAGCUGAAGGCGGCAGUUCUGAUGGAGCUGAAGGACUGCAUCGCCCUGCGCAACCAAGAAUUCAAGGGGAACUCACAGAACGACGCCCAUGAGUUCCUUUCGGAGUGUCUUCUGGGCCUCAAGGACAUUGGGCACACCCUCCAGAUGGGGGAUGUGUCCUAUCAGUGCCCAGUGGACACUCUGCUCUCCUUCCAGCUCCAGCACAUAAGAUCUUGCAGGAGCUGUGGAGUUGAGAGCAGGAGGGAGGAGAUCUCCACCUACCUCUCUCUCCAAAUGGUUGCGCAGGGCACGGUCCAAAACAGCCUGGAGCUCUACUUCAACGAAUCAGAAGUUGAGUACAGGUGCGAGCGGUGUGGGGGCCAGGUGUCGAGCCUGAGGUGUAGUUUCUACACACUACCUCAGGUUCUCAUUUUACACCUGAAGAGGUUUUGCCCCUUCACCCUCACCAAAAGCAUGGCACCGCUUCAGCUGGAGGCAGAGCUCCAGAUCAAACAAAGGACUGAGGACAUUGCAGGAAGGUGUGGCGAGUCCCCUCAGGUUCCGGCCCCCAGUGCAGGAUCAGGCUGCUGCCCUGCAGCCACCUCUACUCUGGGGAGGGCGUCUUCCUCUGAAGGCAAGUCUCCUCUCUGCUCACAGUGGACGCUGUGUCACACACGUCACACCAAUGAACUAGCGUGUGUCCCUGUGCCUCAACUCGCAGAACCAUUGCUAACAACAAAACCAAGGUUAUGGGUCUGAUUCCUACAGAACACACAUGCUGAUUAGGGGUGUAAGAAAUCACAAUAUUAUGUUUUAUGAUAGUGUAUCGAUUCUCAA